AUGGGGUCAAUUGAACAGUCCUUCUCUGUCUACGAUGAGGCCAUUUCUCGAGACGAUGGGCUGGGUCAGAUCUUCUAUCAGCGCCUGCUUGAGAACCCAUAUGCCCAAGCCAUUAUCAAUGAGAAGGGCCAAGGCCUCACUUACGAGCAACUGCACCUCAAGGCGACGGAGCUAGCCGAGGCUCUUUCUCAGGGACCCUUCAAUGCUCAAGAGCGUGUUGGCAUCAUUGUCCAGCACGGACUCUUAGACGCUGUCACGCAGGUGGCCAUCAUCUACGCGGGAGGCACAUGUGUCCCUCUGGAUCCUCUUCUGCCAGACCAGCAAAUUAUAGCCCGUCUGAAACGACUCGGCACUCGAUAUGUCUUGGUCGACGAGGCCAAUCGCCAUCGCAGUCUACCUUUUACAGUACUCCCUGUACCAGAGGUGCUUCAUAAACCGUCACCUCCUACGACAGCAGCGGAGGCUCUCAAGUUCCCAGUUCCAACGACUCUCGCCCACUGCACGCACCUUAUCCACACUUCUGGUACAACCAGCCAGCCAAAAGCCGUCCAGAUCGCAGCCCGGUCGAUACUCCAUGUGGCGCAUCACGCUCCUUCUGAGGCCGUUCGCAGGUCUGACGUGGUGGGUCAUGGCAACAACACCAGCUUCGAUGUCGCCUUGUUUGAUAUUUGGGGAGCCCUUCUGAACGGUGCCGCAAUAGGCGUUCUCAGUAAGCCCACGUUGCUUGACCCUCCGGCUUUGGGCGCCAGUAUCCGCCAACUUGGAAUCACCAUCAUGGCAAUCACUGCUCCACUUGUGAACCUGGCUGCAACGACACACCCGGAAACGUUCCGCCCUCUCAGGUGUGUCCUCAUGGGCGGGGAGGCGGUUAAUCUUCGUGCGAUGAAGGCCAUUCUCACCGCUGGCCCACCGAAACAGCUCAUGAAUGCUUACGGUCCCACGGAAUGCUGCGUUUACUGUCUCACACACGAGAUCACCAUGGAUGAUGUCAAUGCUGGACAUGUCAGCAUUGGCGUUCCGGUCGGGCGAAACGUCUGCUGCGUCUGCGAUGAGCAGGGUCGUCUCGCUGUCGCGGGAGAGGAGGGAGAACUGCUCGUGGGCGGACCGGGCGUCUCCCCGGGGUAUGUCAACCAAGCGCAGAAGAAUGAGGAGGCCUUCGUGUUUGUUGCUGGCAUGGUUGAUCCUACUACGGGUGAGCCCUUUCGAAUGUACCGUACUGGGGAUAUAGUACGACUCAGAUCUGAUGGAGAGCACGAGUUUCUCGGCCGGCGUGAUCACCAAGUCAAAGUUCGCGGAUACCGAGUCGAGCUGCCGGCUGUUGACUCGACGUUGAUGAAGACGGGUCACUUUGCCGAGGGGUUCGCGAUGCCCAUACACUCGAAGGAAGAUGGGGCCGGUGCAGCGCUGGUCGCAUUUGUGGUGCUUCAUGACAAGGCUCAACCCGAUGCGGUGGAUGAAGCCAUAAAGUCCAUGCGGGCAGCUCUUCCAGAAUACAUGGUCCCACACAUAGAGGUUGUACCGGAGAUCCCUCUCAAUGCGCACGCCAAAGUCGAUCGCAGAAAGCUUGAGGAAAUGUACCACUCGCGCCGAGAGAAACGGCUCUGUGCUCUUCAUGGAGACACGAAUGCCAAACCCGACUCUACUAGCACGCGCGAGCAUCUCGCUCGGCUGUGGGCUAUGAUUCUGGCCACUCCAGCCCCUGACUACUCCGAUGACGACGACUUCUUUGCUCUGGGAGGUACAUCUUUGCAGGCGUCGUUGCUCAUCAGCCGUAUUCGGCAGCAGUUGCAUGCUGAGCUCUCUUUGCUGACCCUGUAUGACCAUUCUACCCUUGGUCGGCUUGCCUCCAUCAUCGAUCUGAACCGCGGAACAUCCAUGCAGACUAUCCGACGGGAGUGCGACCUGUGGGUCGCUGACACAAAGCUAGGGGAUGAGCUUGAGCUUCCUUGGGAGCCAGUUGUUGACUGGCGGCGUGAUACAGAAGGCAGGGUCUUCCUGACCGGGGCCACCGGGUUUGUCGGAGCGUUUUUGUUGGCAGAACUUCUCGCUUUGCCGGAAGUAUGCCAGGUUGGUUGCCUUGUCCGUGCAUCUUCUGCCGCGGCAGGAUUGGCAAGACUUCGUGAGGCUUUGAACAAAUAUCAUCUUUGGCAGGAUGGCUUCUCAUCGAAACUUCUGGCUUUGCCGGGCUCACUUGAAGACACUUGGCUCGGGAUGGAUGAGGAUCGCUUUGGUGAGGUUGCACACUGGGCGAGUGUGGUUUUUCAUCUCGGAGCGCGAGUCAACUACACCCAGCCUUACUCUCUGCACCGGCCCGCAAAUGUCAUUGGGACGUUGAACAUUGCUCGUUUCGCGAUCACGGGUCGCGUUAAGGGACUUCAUUACUGCUCUAGCAUCUCCUGCUUUGGCCCGACGGGAUUCAUGACUGGCGCCCAGACUGUCUACGAAGACGCGCCGUUGUCCGCGCAUUUGGACGCACUUCCAUACGACCACGGCUACGCCCAGAGUCAGUGGGUCUCCGACGAGUUGUUACAGCGGCUUGUCAGACGUGGUUUCCCCAUUGCCGUCUAUCGACCGGGUUUCGUGACUGGAGACCGCAAGACCGGAGCAUGCAACCCCGAUGACUUUUUCAGUCGCCUCAUCCGCGCCAGUGUGGACCUGCGCUGCUACCCCGACCUGCCCAACCAGCGCAAAGAAUUUGUGCCCGUCGAUUACGUGGUGGAUGCGAUGUUACAUAUCUCCGCCUCCGUUUUCUCGUUGGGUCAUUCCUUCCACUUGCUCCCGAGACGCGCUGUGUCUAUCGACAUGACGGAGUGCAUGGACCUAGUCGCUCAAGCCAGCGGGGUUAAGAUCGAGAGUGUGAACUACGAGGAUUGGAUUGAGCGUCUCUCGGUCAGCUCGCACGCCAGUCUCUUGCCCUUGCUCCCGAUGCUGGCGGAAAAAGUCCACAACGGAUUGAGUCGUUGGGAACUUUACGAAAAUAUGCCCACGUACGAUGACACAAACACUAGAAGGGCGCUUGAUACGUAUCCUGGCGGAUUGACGUGCCCACCAUUUGACUCGGACCUCAUGAAGAAAUACGUUCGUUACCUCACUGGUGCUUGA